AUGGUCUAUCGAGGCCGGCCCAGCGCUGGGUGCAGCCGGUGCCGGACUCGCCGGUUGAAAUGCGAUUUAAAACGACCAUCCUGCUCCCAGUGUGUACGCGCUGGCUGUCAAUGCGCCGGAUAUCGCAACCCGGCAAUGAUUCGCUUUCAUGAUGAGAGCCAGCAGAUUAUGGAAAGAGCUCGUCCCGGCGAGAGGAAUGAAGAUGUGACUCUCACGUCGCGGAAUCUCAGCAUCGCGACUGUGGAUAUACCUAUUAACGACCGUGCUGCCGGCUUUAUCAUCACGCACUACGGGCGCGGGGGCUCAGGCCAGUCGGCAGGUAGUCUGGCCUUUUUGAUCGACCUACUGCCGACAGACCGAGGCUGCUUGUUGACGCCGGCCGUUCAUGCCCUAGGACUGGCAUCCCUGGCUAACAUCUAUCGAUCGCCACGACUCGUGCUGGCCGCCCGGGCAGAGUAUAGCGUUGCCCUGGCGGCGACGAACGCAGCACUGCAGGACCCGGGGCGCUGCCGAGCCGACGCGACGGUCGCCGCCGUGAUGCUGCUGGCCAUGUAUGGCGUCGUGACGUGUCAGAGCACGUCGAUCAUCAAUCGCUGGCUGAGCCAUGUUGACGGCGCGAUGAAGCUGCUGGAGCUGCGCGGAUCCGCGCAAUUGGCGGGUCCGGUUGGCCUGGAGAUGUUCAGCCAGCUCCGUCUUCAGAUCCUCUUGAGCAGCCUCUAUCGCCGGCGAUACACGCCGGAGUGGCUUCUAAAUCUCUCACACGAGGCCCUAUCGUACCGCACCCCGGAGGAUCGUGUGCAGGAUGUGUUUUUCGGUCUCUUUGCGCGCGUGGGGAAUCUUUGCGCCGCCUUGCGUGACGGUUCGCUGCGAGAUCCGGGCGAGGUAUUACAGACGGCGCAACAGAUCGACGGCGAGCUCGUGGAAUGGACGCGAACAGUACAUCCGAGCUGCAGAUUUACGCUGUGUGAUUUGUCCAACGGCGAGCAGGGUCCCAGUUUGCCGCCCGACGUGAUGCAGUAUCAUAUCUAUCCCGACAUUGGCGCCCAUCAUCUGUGGAGCACCUAUCGCAUUGUGCGCAUCGUGGUGCACGAGCUAAUCAUAAAGUUCUGUCAGCAACUCCAGGCUUAUUUGGGCAGCUUGCACCCCCAACACGCAUCAAUAUGCACGCACAGCAUUGCCAUCUCACGAGGCUUGGUCGCGGAGAUCUGCGCCAGUGCGCCGUAUGUUCUCGGCGUCGGGAACAAUGACAAAGACUCUUCUGCAGCCGGCAUGUACCGUCUUAUGUGGCCAUUUUUCAUCGCAGCCAACUCGGUGGUCUGCAGCCCCGAGACGAGGGCGUGGAUCGUGCAGGGCCUGGACCAGAUCGGUCACCGCGUCGGGAUUUAUCAAUCGUUGACUCUGGCACAGGUCCUCCGUAAUGGACAGCGCGAUCGCCAGGCCAAUGAGCCCGACCCGGAAGACAUCAUGCUACAUGAGCAGUCCAUGCGACGGGGUCGCAGAAUUGGAGUGGAAGUGCAGGAGGGAGCCACGGCUUGGGGUGAAUAAGUCUAAAUUGAUCGCUCUUGACUGUCUAGGCAUAUAAUAUAAAUCAUGGCAGCAAUCGAAUUGCCAUGCAUCACACCCCUUCCUCGCUCUACGUCGUGGUCAUACUCUCCCUCCGCUAGCCUGACUCAAUACACUUUUCCACUCCAGCUCGUCGGGGCUAUCCGCGUGGAUGAAUAUCUUUAAGUUCAGCGCAUUCUUCAACUGCUCAUUCGUGCUCGCGUACAACAUGCACAGCUGCUUUUAUGUCAGCUUGUGACUCCAUGUAAUGAGGGCAAUUGCCAUGCUUACCUUCAGGGGCGUAUUUUGAGGCACCCAUGUGAAGAAGACCGUUUUCGCCCUAUGUAUCUGAUCAGUAACCAUGCAGC